UAAUGUCAAUGUUAAGACAUUUGAAGAUAUUUCACGUCAUUUUGAGUUAGAAGAUGAGUGCCUAAACGCUGCUAUACCUUUUAACAAAGCCACCUUUGCAAAAUCAAACUGGGAUUUGAAACGCAAGAGAGGUAACAAGGGAAAUAAGGCUCCAAGUCACUUGGGAAACAAUUCCAAGGUUUUGGUACUGGGCAUCAGCACUUGCCAACUACAUAUGUGUGGUGGGAAGACUCUCAUAUUACAUGAUGUAUUAUUAUAUGCUCCUGAAAUCCAUCGGAGAUUGGUCUCUGUUUUAGCUUUACUUAAGUUAGGAUUUAGUUUGAACUUUCAUGAUAUGUGUUUUAUACAUUUCUAUAGAGUCUGUGUUUUUUGGUUCUGGUUAUACAUAUGAUGGUUUCAUUGUAAUUGUACUUGAUUGUACUACAAAUAAUAAUAAUAAUAAUAAUAAUAAUAAUAAUAAUAAUAAUAAUAAUAAUUGUUUAUCAUAACUGAUCAACCUUGGCAGUCAGCUCAUCUAUCUUCUGGGUGUCAGAACUGUUCUUUUUCUUGGAGCAAUCACUCUCCUCGUUCUUAUUGGCUGAGGUAGCAGCCAUGUUCUCAAUCAGCUCAAACGCUCCAUCAGUGGCCUGAGUCAUGAAGUCUCCAUUGCUGGCAGAGUUCAUAGCACUCUGAAAUUCCUAGUCAACUCCAUCAUAGAAAAUGCCUAGGAGGUAAUCAUCAUCAAAUCCAUGGUGAGGGCAUUCUUUGCGGUAGUCAUUGAAGCGCUCCCAUGCGUCGCAGAAAGGCUCAUCAAUGAGCUGUCAGAAGGAGGUGAUCUUGUUCCUCAAUGCAGUUGUUCUCGACUUAGAGUAGAAAUGACUGAGGAACGCUGAUAGGACCUGCUCCAAUGAAGUAAGAGAACCAGUAGGGAGAGAAUUCAACCACCUUGCAGCCUUGCCAUCAAGAGAGAAUGGGAACAACGUGCACUUAAUGUAGUCUGGUGGUACUCCAUUGGCGCGAGUAAAGCUGCAGAAUUUUUCGAAACUUUCAAUAUGCUCCAUUGGAAUCUCUGCUGGAAGACCAUUAAACACUUUCCUCUGCACCAGAGCGAUCAACGCAGGCUUGAUCUCACAGUCCUGUCUCAGGCAGGGUGGAGGAGUAAUGGCAUAGCGCGUUGUAGGGAAGUUAUGCGGAAGGUUUCUCUGCCCGAUUGGAGCAGCUUGCUCCUGCUGUAGUGCGGCCUGUUCAGCAGAUUGUUGAGCAGAUUGUUCCUGCACUUGAAUGGUGUGUUGCAACUGCUGCAUUUGCUGUUGCAUUUGUUGCAAUUGAGCAGUGAGUUGCUCUUGAUUGCCGUAGUUGCCCAUUAUGGCGUUGUUCGGCCCUGAUUGUUGACGGUUUGUUCUUUCUAACCUUGCUAGCUCCUGGUUGCUAAAUGUAACUAACUCUCCUUGUGCGUUUCUCCGAGUAUGUCCACUGGUCAUGCACCUGAAAAAUUAGCUGCAACAAAAAGGAUAGAGCAAGUUAGAGGUCUUAGACUAAAUAAAUAACUGAAAAAUAAAGGUAAAGAACUGGUCCCCGUCGCAACGGCGCCAAAACUUGAUACACUAAAAUUAUGUCUUUACUAUUGCAAGCUAACAGUGUAGAUGUAGUGAAUUCUUCUUUGCCGAGAUCAAAAACUUUUCAUCCUUUUUUGAGCGUAAGGAUAGCCAACAAAGAUGCAACGCCUACUUCUUUUCCCAAAUUUAUCUUUGUCCCGAGAGAGAUGAACAAAACACCCAAAUACUCGAAGUUGAGAGUAACAUGGUUUCUCUCUAUUAAGUAACGCAUAGGUGACCAGUGCUUAAGAAUGACAUAUGGUGUAUGGUUUAUUAAGUAUGCAGCAGUCAUGGUCGCUUCUCCCCAAAAUUUCACAGGUAAGCUGCUUUGAAAUAAUAAGGCACAAGCUACAUUGAGGAUGUGACGAUGUUUCCUUUCAACUAUGUCGUUUUGUUGAGGAGUGGCAACACAAGAUGUAUGAUGAAUGAUGCCAUUCUCAUGAAAAGUAGCUUGCUAGACACAUAAACUCAGUCUCGUUGUCAUUGCGAACAAUUUUGACCUCCUUCGAGAAUUGUUUCGCGGCCAUUUUAUAGAAGUUUAGUAGGAACGUCGAACCUCAGACUUUUCGAGAAGUAGAUAGGUUCAGACAGCUCUGGAAAAGUCAUCAACCACAGUAAGAAAGUAGACAGUUCUAGAAGAUGUACGAGUGCGAUAUGGACCCCCAAACGUCGCAAUGAAUAAGUUCAAAACAUUAUUUAUUUUAUUUAAAAUUUCAUAGAAAACCUCUCUAGUCUGCUUAGCUUCAAAACAAGUGUCACAAGGACUUGGAGAAACAGUUUUAUUGGAAUCUAAAGCAACAGAUAAGUAAGAUAACACUGAAAACAAAAGAUGUCCAAGCCUCUGGUGCCAAAGAAACCGAUCUACUGAACGAGCAGACUUAUCAGAAACUUAAACCCGUGCAGCCAUAAUAUCUUUAAAGUAGUAAACCCCAUAUCUCUCUUCACCUGCUCCAAUCAGCGUCCUCAUGAAACGAUCUUGUAAAACAUGCAAAGUAGUUGGUUUGGCGAAGCAACUUUGAAACUGAUAUAAGAGAACAAUUCAAGUUCGGCACAAAUAAAACAUUGGACAACAAAAUGGUUUUAGAGAGAUGUCACCAGUAUGGGUAGCUUAUGUUUUGUUUCCAUCUGCGAACCCAACGGGACAUGGCGGAAUUAUGACUAUUCGAGAAACGAGAGCUCUCAUGUCAUGUGGUGAGAGGUUCAUGUAUCCAAUAUAAGAUCACCAUAUUUCUUACCAUUCAACUUAUCAGACAAUUUUGUUUUCUCAUUAAUCAUCUGAGUAAGAGCUCUCCAUUGUUCCUCGGUGAAAGCUUGAAACGUCGAAGAGUUUAAAGAAGUUGCAUGAGCAGUGUUGGCUCUAAUCGUAUUGCUUCUAAUGCGAUCAGAAUUAGAAGCGCCAUGACCAUGACCUCCUCAUGCUCCUCAGUUUUCACUUCGUGUUCGUGGUGUUUGUUCCCACCAGUCUGGAAAACCUACAAGUUGCCAACAAUUGUCUUUUCUCAUGACCAUGUCGGCCGCAAUGGGAGAAAGUGACUACACGAUGGAUCCGUCAAGAAUUUUUUUGUCUCAGAUGGUUCCUUCGUGGCGACGAAACCGACAUCAUUGUGUUGUGCUUCUUGUUCCUUAGUAGAAGUGAGUUGUUGUUUUUCUGUGACUAUUCAGGCAUACGCUCUGCUAAGAUCAACGGACGAGUCUGUAGCUAUAAUCCCUCGACAGACGAUUCCAAACCGAGCUUCAUCUAAGCCCAUAAUAAACUGAUGUACCUUCUCUUCUUCUCUCCCUGUCUCAUAAAUCGCAGAAGCACUGCAACUGCAGGGAGGAAGGGGUUUGUAAGUGUCAAGUUCUUCCCACAUCUUAGCUAGACGUCCGAAGUAAUCCAUCACUGUUUGUUCGUCUUGCUUGCAUGACGCAAUUUCCUCAUUAAGAUGAUGAAUUUUAACUUUGUUUCCCACUGAGAAAUGUUUCUUUGAAUUCUCCCACAACUCGUGAAAAUCGGAUAUGAAGGUGACUAUAGAACGAACGCAAGCUUCUAUGGAAGAACGAAUCCAGCCAACGAUCAUAGAGUUGACAUAUGAACAUAGCUCGAACUGUGGCAGGUUUAUGUACUGAGCCAUCAAUAAACACUAACUUUCUCUUAGCCCUAAGAUCAUUAACCAACUCAGUGGACCAUUCGUUAUAAUUCUCACCCGUAAACAUCACCGAUGUUAUCAAAGCUCCUGGAUUCUCGGACGCAAACAAGGAGUAAGGGGUGGACGCAUUACCGACGCUUUGCUCAACCUGAGACUUGCUCGUCGUUGUAUACUUACUUGCGGAAGACGCAUCUGUGUCGACCAUGACUAGAAACUGUUGUUCUUACCAAGAACAAGACUGAUCGACAAAGAUUAAGUCACAUAACUUUUAUUACUCUGAUAUCAUGUAAACCAACAAUAAUAUUAUAAAUUCUGAACUGUAUUGACGUCAAAGACUUACAUGUGUUUAUAUACAACAAUGAGAAGUCAUAAACCUAAAGAGAUUAAGAUAGCUUAAUAUGUAAAUAUCACAAGAUAAUGACAACUAUCCUUAUUAAUAGGAUCCACUUUCCUAAUAUUAUCAAUUAACUAAUUAAUGUUGACAAAAAAAAACGAUUUUCAUUUCAAAGAAAAACGAUUCUAACCUAAUGAAACAGUUGACCACAUAAAUUAAUAGUGGAAAUACAUGCAAAAUAAAUGCAAUGUAGAAUGAACAUUACGUAAUGGAAGCUUAUUUGGUCCAAUGGUUUGAGUAAUGGUUCAUUGAUGCUUAUACACCAGUAGAUCUGGGUUUCGAUGCACAGAGAAGACAAAAUUAUGCGAAUUAAUAGAAAAAAUGCUUAUAAUGCAGUCAGACGUGAAUCCUCGUAAGGUAGGUAGAAUUGUCGGCCGUAGAAUUGUAUGUAAUAUUUUAUAUAGUUUGUAAUAUCAUAAUUAUCUAACGUUAAAAAAUGAACAUUACAUAAAAAAAAGAAUAUUUGAUAAUAAUGCAAAUGAGCCAAUAAGCGAGAGAGCCCGGUGUUAUUAACAAUACCAUUUUCCACGAGCUGAUCUCCCAUUUGUCUUUUACCUUAUAUUUCAUUUCUUAACAAACAAGAGAAUCAUUUUAUCAUACAACUAUUGUAAAUUUCAGAGACCAAAAAUAAAGGAGUCUAAUCGAAAGUAGGUUUAGUCGUUUAGGUAAGAAAGAGGCUUACUUAUACCUUUUGGUAACGUGUUCGUCAAUACUGAACCUAUGAAGCCCACCCCACCUACCCAUCUUUUCUGAUAAUUCUUUUAUAUGCAACAUAACUAAUCAUAACUAUUUUAAAUACAUAUAAUGAACUUAUAUAUCGCGUGAUGAUUUCAACAUCAAAUGACUAGCCUUAAGAGAUUUUCAUAAUAAAACUUAAAAAUACACAAAGAAAAGCUCCAUUUCUGAUUCUUAAUUUAUAAAAAUGGGGUUUAGCAUCUACUCCUUCCGUUUUUUUAAUAUAAGUCGUUGUAGAGAAAUUUUUUUGUUCCAAAUUAUAUGUCGUUUUCGGUUUUCUAUGUAAAAUUUAUUAGUAAUUAAUGUUGUAUGAUCAAUGGUAAUAUAUUUUUUAUUUUUCUAUUGGUUCAAUUGUGGUUAAGUAAAUAAAUGAUGUUUUUGUUUAGAAAAUAUAAGAAAUUAAUGGUUUUCUUAAUCUACGUGCAUAGCUGUAACGAUUUAUAUAAAAAAACGGAGGGAGUAUUAAACUAGUUGGUGAUACUUAGAUGCAUCUUCUUUAAGAGCAAAAUGUUUGUUUUAAGCCUUUAACAGAAUAUGUAUCCUCACGAAACAACAAUACUCUAAAUAGGAAGAUGCAAAUUGCAUGUAAACAUUAAUUCAGCCAUUAAUUUUGAAUAUAUUUAGAAUCUAAUUUUAUUUCCCUUCACAUUCCAAACUUUUCUGUCGUGUAUUAUUAUAUAGUAUUUUUUGUAUUAGCUUAACAUAAAAUAUUUAAUAUUGUAUGCAAUGGUGCAAAAACUUAUAUAAAAAUAUAUAUAAACCUAUACAUGUAUCUAUCUUUGUGUGUCUCUAUUAUAACGUGGAUCAAGAUUCUUUCUUAUCUUUAUCACUCUCACGUUCUUUUGUCUUCAAACGCACACAAAGAAAAGAAAAAACCAAGAAUGACUAUACCGUCAAGAAUCCUCGAGACGGCGGCGACGCCACCACCACAACCGUCGGAGCAGAUUCUGGCGGCGGAAUCUGACAUGGUGGUGAUCUUGUCUGCUCUUCUCUGCGCUCUCAUAUGCGUAGCUGGCCUUGCCGCCAUCGUACGUUGCUCUUGUCUCCGGCGAUUUACUGCCGGAGGAAAUUCUCCGUCGCAGAACAAAGGGUUGAAGAAGAAAGCUCUUCAGUCUCUUCCUAGAUCCACUUUCACCGCCGCGGAAUCAACCUCCGGAGGUGCCGCCGAAGACGGCGGAGAUUCAACGGAGUGCGCGAUUUGUCUCACUGAGUUCGCCGACGGAGAAGAAAUCAGAGUGCUUCCUCUUUGUGGCCAUUCCUUCCACGUGGCGUGUAUUGACAAAUGGCUUGUUUCUAGGUCUUCGUGUCCUUCUUGUCGCCGGAUUCUCACGCCGGUGAGAUGUGGCCGGUGCGGCCAUUCUUCAACGGCUGGGAGACAAAGCAAAGAUCAUCAACAUGACCAAAACUCGUCGCAGCUCGCUUCCUCUGUUCCUACGUUUCUUCCUUAACACAAUCUUACUUAUCAUCGGAAUAGUUAAUUUUAAUAGUGUCUUGUAAAGUGGUUUCAAUUAGAAACUAGUGAUCUCAAGGGUUUUUUUUCUUCCUGUCGUUUUAGAUGUAAUUCCACUGUGUUAAGAUCAACUAGAUAGAGUUCAAAGUUGGAGAUGUUUAUCUAAAUAGCAAAAUGAGUUAAAUCAUAACUUUCUUUUUAUUUUA